AUGCCGGCGGCCAUAACCCCCAUCGUCGACUAUCGGGAGCACAUCAACCACCCGUUCCUCACCCACCUCGUCGCCCUCCUCUCCGUGUACGAGCUCGGCCCCCUCUCGUCCCCCACCCCCAAGUACGAUGGCCCGUCCGAUUGGCAGACAGACAGCGUCCUCCGCUCUCUCGGUGCCAUCACCCGUCGCAUGAUCACCGCCGAGGAGCAGCUCAACGCUAUCAAGGCCUCUGAGAACUGCGGGCCGGAGUCCAAGAAGCGUCGCAGCGUCGGCGACAGCCCCCACAGCUCCAGCGCAAGCUCGUCCCGCGCCGGCACCGCGUCGUACGACACCAGCGGCCUCUCCAACGCCGCUGCGACCACCAUCUCGCCAUUUUUCGCCGCCCGCAGUAGCGUGGAGAGCAUCCCGAGCACCAUUAGUAGCAAUGACGUCGAGAUGUCCGACAUCUCGUCGCUCGAUUCCGAGCGCACCCCCCUCGCAGCUCCCGGUGUGCACCUUGUCUCGCCGAUGAACAUAUCCCUGGACAGCGUCGUGAACCCGAUGGACAGCUUCAACAGGAUAUUCAAGGUCAACGGCACCGGCGUCGUCCCCAUUCUGCCCAAUACGGACCACAUGUACUGCCCGAACUGCGGGAAGACGCUCCUCGACAAUGCGACCUUGCAAAGGGUUGCCUCGUUGACCGGCGAGCGCAUCAGCUCACCGCUCGUCGUUCCCCCCGGCCCGCUCGCCGCGGCAGCGUUCGAGAGCGGCAUGAGCGCCGUCGAGGAGCUACAGCUCUUAAAGGCGCAGGUCAUGGACGUCGCGCGGGUCUGCAACGCCGUCGCGCGCGGCGACUUGUCGCAGAAGAUCACGGUCCCCGUUCAGGGUGUGGUUAUGGUACAGCUCAAGGAGGUCAUCAAUGCCAUGGUGGACAAACUGGGCCAAUUCGCAAAGGAGGUCACUCGCGUCAGUCAGGAAGUCGGUACGGAAGGCAAACUGGGUGGUCAGGCACUCGUGCUCGACGCGGAAGGCACCUGGCGCGAGCUCACGGGCGUCGUCAACAAGCUCGCAGCGAACUUGACAAACCAGGUACGGUCCAUCGCCAAGGUCACCAAGGCAGUCGCGUUGGGCGACUUGUCCAAGCAGAUCGACGUCGAUGCGCGCGGUGAGAUUUUGGAACUGAAGAACACGGUCAAUGGCAUGGUUGUUCGAUUGCGCACGUUAGCGGCUGAAGUCACUCGGGUUACAUUGGAGGUCGGAUCUAAGGGAAAGUUGGGCGGACAGGUGCAUGUACCGGACGUCGAGGGAGUGUGGCUGGAUUUGACUCGUAAUGUUAACCGGAUGUGCGCGAGCUUGACGGACCAAGUGCGGUCGAUCGCGAAAGUCACGACGGCAGUCGCCAAGGGUGAUUUGACACAGAAGAUUGAGAUCGAAGUCGAAGGCGAGAUGUUGACCUUGAAGCAGACGGUGAACUCCAUGGUGGAUCAGUUGAGCGCGUUCGCGUCCGAGGUCACACGCGUCGCGUUGGAGGUAGGUACGCAGGGUAUCUUGGGGGGCCAGGCGCGCGUCGAGGGCGUGCAGGGCACCUGGGCGGAUUUGACGAGGAACGUCAACAAAAUGGCGACUAAUUUGACGGACCAGGUGCGCUCGAUAUCCGAGGUCACAAAGGCCGUCGCGAACGGCGACCUGAGCCGGUCGGUCAACGUCGAUGUGCAGGGAGAGAUGCUGGAUUUGAAGACGACCGUGAACCAGAUGGUUGCCCGCUUGUCGACGUUGGCGAGCGAGGUCACACGCGUAUCGCUUGAGGUCGGGACCGAGGGUAUCAUGGGCGGCCAGGCAUCCGUGCCGGACGUACAGGGCAUGUGGAAGGUGUUGGCGGACAACGUCAACUUGAUGGCGAUGAACUUGACGAACCAGGUGCGCUCGAUCGCGGAGGUGACCAAGGCCGUCGCCGGCGGAGACUUGACGAAGCGCAUCACGGUCGACGUGCGCGGCGAGAUGCUCGACUUGAAAGAGACCGUGAACGGCAUGACGGAAAGCUUGAGCGUCUUUGCUGACGAGGUCACCCGAGUCGCGAAGGAGGUCGGCACGGAGGGUAAGUUGGGUGGCCAGGCGCAGGUCAUGAAUGUCGGCGGCACUUGGAGGGAUUUGACGGAUAAUGUCAAUGUCAUGGCGGCCAACUUGACGUUACAAGUGCGGACGAUUGCAGUAGCUACGACCGCUGUCGCUCGAGGAGACUUGACGCAGAAGGUCAUGGGCGUGUCCGUAUCCGGAGAAAUGCUCGAUUUAGUCAACACCAUUAACCGCAUGAUCGACCAGUUGGCCAUUUUCGCUGCCGAGGUACAGAAGGUUGCACGCGAGGUCGGAACGGAAGGCAAACUCGGCGGUCAGGCACAAGUCGACAAUGUCGAGGGCAUCUGGCAGGAUCUCACCAUGUCUGUCAAUACUAUGGCGAUGAACUUGACGACCCAAGUGCGUGGGUUCGCCCAGAUCUCCGCCGCUGCGACAGACGGAGACUUCAGUCGGUUCAUCACUGUCGAAGCCAACGGCGAAAUGGACUCGUUGAAGACACAGAUCAACCAGAUGGUGUUCAACUUGCGAGACAGCAUCCAGAAGAACACUGCUGCGAGGGAAGCUGCUGAGUUGGCCAAUCGCAGUAAGUCUGAGUUCUUGGCUAAUAUGUCUCAUGAGAUCAGGACGCCAAUGAAUGGCAUCAUUGGCAUGACGGAACUCACCUUGGAUAGCGACCUGAACCGAUCUCAGCGCGAGAGCUUGCUGCUUGUGCAUAGCUUGGCCCGUUCGUUAUUAUUGAUCAUCGAUGAUAUCUUGGAUAUCUCAAAGAUUGAGGCUGGACGCAUGACCAUGGAACAAGUCUCUUAUUCGCUCAGGCAGACUGUCUUCGGCAUUCUCAAGACCUUAGUUGUCCGAGCCUCUCAGAACCAGUUGGACCUGACAUAUGACGUGGAUCCCGACAUUCCCGACCAGCUGAUCGGUGAUUCCCUCCGUCUGCGCCAAGUUAUCACUAACCUGGUGGGCAACGCGAUCAAGUUCACACCAUCGAAGGUAUCAAAAAAGGGCCAGGUUGCACUGAGCUGCAGGCUACUAGCGCUGGAUGACAUGCAUGUGACCUUGGAGAUCUGCGUGUGCGACACGGGUAUCGGUAUCGCGAAGGACAAGCUGACCAUGAUCUUCGACACGUUCUGCCAGGCAGAUGGCUCCACCACACGAGAAUACGGUGGAACGGGUCUAGGGUUAUCCAUCUCGAAGCGGCUCGUGACGCUCAUGCAAGGCAACAUGUGGGUCGAGUCCGAAGUUAGCAAUGGCUCCAAGUUCUUCUUCACCAUUACGUCGCAAAUAAGCCCGAUGACGAUGGAGGGCACUCUCAGCAAGAUGCAGCCGUUCCAGAAGCGCAAUAUCCUGUUUGUUGAUACCCUGUAUGACCGCACGGGCGUUGUCCAGCGGAUCCUAGAGCUCGGCCUACGGCCUUACGUCGUUCACGACGUCAGCGAGGUUGCGGACAAGGCGACCUGCCCACAUAUCGAUACCAUCGUCGUGGACUCUCUCCAUGUGACCGAAAGCCUCAGAGAACACGAACAUUUGCGGUACAUUCCUAUCGUACUGUUGACACCGCAAUCCGCUCCUCGACUAAAUUUGAAAUGGUGCCUCGACAACAGCAUAUCAUCUCAAGUCACGACGCCGGUGACUGCCCCAGACCUCGCAUCGGCCCUGAUCUCAGCCUUAGAGUCGAACACGGUGACCCCAGUCGUCGCUGAGAAUGACGUACCAUACGACAUCCUCAUCGCGGAAGACAAUCUCGUCAACCAAAAACUUGCAGUCAAGAUCCUCGAGAAGUAUGGUCACCAGGUGGAGAUCGCUGAAAACGGCUCGCUGGCGGUCGACGCGUUCAAGGCGCGGAUCCAGAGGAACAGGCCAUUUGACAUCAUUCUCAUGGAUGUGUCGAUGCCGUUCAUGGGCGGUAUGGAGGCCACCGAGUUGAUUCGUGCGUACGAGACGUCACACGGCCUCGACCCCGUGCCUAUCAUUGCAUUGACUGCACACGCAAUGAUUGGAGACAGGGAGAGAUGCCUACAGGCAGGAAUGGACGAUCACAUCACCAAGCCAUUACGACGAAGUGACCUGAUCAAUGCCAUCAACAAGCUUGCAGGCGCCUAUCGCGACCCUUUUACGAGACUGGACUCAGUGAGCAGCAGGUUCAGGCCUUGA